AUGUGCUGCUCCCCUUGCUGCCAGCCCACCUGCUGUGGGUCCAGCUGUUGUGGGUCAGGCUGCUGCCAGCCCUGCUGCCGCCCCACCUGCUGUCAGACCACCUGCUGUAGGACCACCUGCUGCCGUCCCUGCUGCCGUCCCUGCUGUGUGAGCAGCUGCUGUCAGCCCAGCUGCUGUGGGUCCAGCUGCUGCCAGCCCUGCUGCCAGCCAGUUUGCAGUUGUCCCGUGUACGUCCAGAGAACCUGCUACCACCCCACGUGCUGCUGCGUGCCUGGGUGCAUUCGCUAUGGCGGGUCCAGCUGCUGCCAGCCUUGCUGCUGCUACACCAUGUGCUGCUCCCCUUGUUGCCAGCCCACCUGCUGUGGGUCCAGCUGUUGUGGGUCAGGCUGCUGCCAGCCCUGCUGCCGCCCCACCUGCUGCCAGAUCACCUGCUGUAGGACCACCUGCUGCCGUCCCUGCUGCCAUCCCUGCUGUGUGAGCAGCUGCUGCCAGCCCAGCUGCUGUGGGUCUAGCUGCUGCCAGCCCUGCUGCCGCCCCAGUUGCUGCUGCCAGCCCUGCUGCCAGCCAGUUUGCAGUUGUCCCGUUUACGUCCAGAGAACCUGCUACCACCCCACGUGCUGCUGUGUGCCUGGGUGCAUUCGCUAUGGCGGGUCCAGCUGCUGCCAGCCUUGCUGCUGCUGA